UUUUUUUCUGCUCGUCUGUCAGUGUUCUAGUAUUUGUAUCGUUGAAUCAAGGUAGACGUACACCGUGGAGCACAUAUAUUGUGCAUGUCACAAGGGCAACUCUCUGGGCAGUCGUUGUGUCCGGUACAGAUAUUGUGGCAUUUGUUGAGGACUCUAAACUCCUUAGGAGUAGUGGGACUGGUGGCCGGGGCGAUAGCUGCUGCGUUUGCCAUGCCAAGAAGGGCAGAGAGGAUCAGGAGAUUGCAGAGGUUCAUUGUGCUAAGGUAUUUAAUUGUGUUUUUGAGGUUUUCUCCAAAGGUAGAAUGUGUUAAUAGGAUGACUAUGCAGAAAGAAGAGGGAGGAGAGAAGAUAGGACGGGGUCGUCACCUAUUUAUGUACCGAGACACCCCAGCCAGGGAAGUCAAUAAUUGAUUUGGAUGGUAUAUUUCUUUACUUGAUUUUGUACUUUUACAUCUCUUGUCCAUUUUGAGGGGAUGUGUAGGUUAAUCAGUCCAUACAGGGCGUGCAGACCCAAUUCUUUUCUUUUCCCCUGUGAAUAGUGUGAUAUCCUGAUGCAUGGAUCUACAGUUGGUAUUACUAGCGCUGUAAGUAAUCUGUUGGUGGAAUAAACGAGCUAACGGAUAAAUCUCGGUAAAUACG